GGGUUUAGGGGCAGAUAUUGGGCUAUACAGGGGUUUAGGGGCAGAUAUUGGGCUAUACAGGGGUGUAGGGGCAGAUAUUGGGCAUAUACAGGGCAGCAGUUUUGGGCAUUAGCUACAGGGGUGUAACUGGCAGUUAGGGGCUUAGAAGUGAGUGUGUUAUUGGGCUCCCAGCUGAGGGGGUAUCUGACAGUUAGUGGGGCAGCAAAGUGCAGGGCCGUGACGUAGAGGGGCUUUGGGUCAUGACUGGUGUGUGAGCUCCGGCCCCCGAGCAGCUGAGUCUGAUGGCUGCAGAUCAGGACAAGUUGGAUGGACUGACCGUUCCGGGCCGCAGAGCCAAGACUGGUAUGCAAAUGAAGAGCCCCGAGAAGAAACGGCGCAAGUCAAACACUCAGGGCCCCGCAUACUCCCAUCUUUCUGAAUUUGCACCACCACCCACCCCAAUGGUCGACCACCUGGUGGCGUCCAACCCUUUUGAAGAUGACUUUGGAGCUCCGAAAGUCAAUGCUGGCCCCUCCCCCUUCAUGAGCAACCCGGUGCCCUUUGGAAACUACCGCAUGCCGGGUGCCAUGCCCCAUCAGAUGACCCCCGGCUAUCCUGGUGGCCCACAGCCCAUGAGAAGGCAGGCACCCCCUUUUCCUCCUAAUCAGAUGGGCCCUGGAUUUGGAAUGUCCCAAAACCCAAACUACCACCAGCCUGGAAACAUGAACUUCCCCAAUGCCCCCUUUAAUCAAGCCAUGGGUCAGGGCUUCAGCCCCCCUGCUGGGCAAAUGAUGCAAGGACCAGUAGGAGGGUUUGGCCCAAUGAUGUCACCAAACAUGGGUCAGCCCCCUAGAGGAGAGAUGGGCCCUGGUCCUGUAUUGAAUUCUCCUGGUGGCCCUCCAUUUACUCAAAGGUUUGGCCCAUCAGGGCACCCAUUUGGACAGCCCCCAGUGCCACGAGCCAGCCUACCACCAAACAACAGUCCGUUUGCAGGGGCCGACCAAAGCUUCCCCCCAGGGGUUGAAGAACACGGCAAGAACACCAACCCUCCCAGCAACACGUUUAAUCAAGACCAGCAUGUUGGGUCGCCUUCUGCUGUCAAUGGGAACCAACCAAACUUCACUCCCAACAACUCCACGCGUGGCAACAGCAGCACCCCCGAAGUCAACAACAUCCCUCCCCCGAGCAAACCCACCGGCAACUCUGGGCACCAGCCGCCCCCCGGACUUAUUUACCCCUGUGGGGCCUGCGAGCGGGAAGUCAAUGAUGACCAAGACGCCAUCUUGUGUGAGGCAUCGUGCCAGAAAUGGUUCCACAGAGAGUGCACAGGGAUGACUGAGAGUGCCUACAGCUUGCUCACCAGAGAGGUCUCGGCCGUGUGGGCUUGUGACUACUGCCUGAAAACCAAGGAAAUCCAGUCCGUCUACAUCCGGGGGGCCAUGGGCCAGCUGGUGGCAGCCAACGAUGGUUGAAUGUGGCAAAGAGUUGGGUGUCAUGGUUACUCACAGCUUUAAGAAGCCGUCUUUUUGGGGUGGAGAGGCUUUCCCAGUAUGAGGGAUCCCUGGCGGAAAAUCUUCUACAAACACAUUCGUCUGAUCUGACUCCGCCUCUGUUUUGGAUUUUGGGGUGUAAGGCAACCUCUUGGCCUCCCCUUCACUCAUAGAGCUGGAUGAUCAUGGGAAGCAUUCGGAAUCAUGGGAUAGUUGUGAACGUUCACACUCCGUUUAUUUUGUACAGAACAGAAACAAGCCCCUCCCCCCUCUAUGUAUAUUUUUGAUAAUGUGUUCAAGUCUUGUCUGCAUUUCUGACCCUCCAUUGUGGCCUCACUAAUUGGGAGUAUAAUGAUCCUUGUGCUGGCGCAUUUCACUCUAUUGUGACGUUUACUUGCUUCCCAAUGGGAGAUGGAAGGAUUGAGUCUGGAGUUACUGAUUGGUGCAGUUUUAUAAUGGAUUCAUUUCUAGCUGUGUUGUGGGGGGCACUGACUCCUCUCUUGGGCCCCAAUCAGUCUGCAAGUAACUGAACCGCCAAAAUGUGUCCCUCUUAUUGCACUUAUUGAUCUCUUGGCAGGAGAAGGUGCGGUGCACAUGGGAUAAUUGUGGUUUCAUAGGGGGGAACAAACUAUUAACUAAAAAGUUAUUUAUUUCCUUGUCUCUACGGAAACAAUGUCAUUAAUGAUUGAUUUAAUUAAUGAGUGUUCCCUUGUGUCUCCGCCCCCUGCCUGUAAGGAAAGGUAAAGGCUUGGGUAGGGAAGGGAAAAUGCCUCUCCUCAUGGGUGGAGACAGGGGCAGCCCAUUACUCCUCCCUUGAGGAGCAAACUAAGCAGAGAAUUGGGUAUUUGUAGCUGGGCACCCCCUAGUGGCAGGAAGAGUUCAUAGCUGCUCAGUGCUGUCAAUACAUAGGGUUCCCUGUAUUGGGGAGAGGCACUUUGUGUGGAAUGCUGCACUGGGGGGUGUGGGAGACCGUUGCAAGCAAUAAUCUCAGUGUUUAUUUCCCCUGGAACGUUUGCAUUCUACCUCAUUAUAACCCAAUGCAAACCAUGGCUGAAUCCUAAGAGACCCCACAUUGACUGUACUUACCUGAACCUAUAUCCCCCGUACCCCAAAUUUAUUUUUCUCCUGCCAUUUCCUGUUUGAUCCUGUCUUCAAGCGACCGCUCUUACCUGUCCAAUAAAUGUACAAACGGGCUCUGCAGCCAACGGGUCCAGUAGCUCUGACUUCCCUUCCCCUCGGCUUUCUGGGAGCUGCCCUUAAUAAUAAUAAUAAUAAUAAUAAUAAUGGAAUCUCAGCUCAGGGCGGUUACUGGUGAAACUGCCAUACUGCACUCUCUGAAGGCACUGACACUGGGGCUAAACCAGACACAAAUGGACGUAUUAUGACCCAGCGGGUGCAAUCAUUCCUUUAUUAAUCUGCAUUUUCACUGCUAGGACUGUAAGUGUAUUGUGAGCCCCAAGCAGCCAUAUUGUCCCCUACAGUGAGAAUUGUGAUGCGUUUCCUUUCAUCUCCUUAUAAAGAUUUCUGAGAGAA